AUGAGAGCCCAAGGAUUUUUCUCAUAUUUCACCAGAGGCAUGAGGAACUGGAUUGAAUUCAUUGCUAGAGGAGUCCUUUACUAUGGUGACGACGCAUCCGAUCAUGGCGACGACGCAUCCGAUCAUGGUGACGACCCAUCCGACCAUGAUGACGACCCAUCCGACUAUCGUGUGAUUACUGCAAACACCUUCCCAUUCACUUCUGUUGUCUAA